AUGGCGGCCGGGGACGGCGGCGACGAGGUGCGGGUGCUGCAGAACCUCCGGGGGAAGAUCUAUGACGCCAAACACUUAGUACCCAACAAAAUGAGAGACUUUUUCUGUACCAUAAACUUGGACCAAGAAGAAGUUUUUCGUACACAGGUAGUUGAAAAAUCUUUAAGCCCUUAUUUUGGGGAAGAGUUUUACUUUGAGAUUCCAAGAACAUUCCAGUGGUUGUCCUUCUACAUUUAUGAUAAAAGCGUUUUACAAAAAGACCUGCGUAUAGGAAAGGUGUCAAUCAAAAAAGAAGAUUUAUGCAACUACACAGGAAAAGAGAACUGGUUUAUGCUUCAGCCUGUUGAUUCUAAUUCAGAGGUUCAGGGAAAAGUUCACCUUGAAUUAAAACUGAAUGAACUGAUAACAGAUAAUGGAUCUGUGUGCCAGCAACUAGUAGUACACAUAAAGGAGUGCCAUGGGUUGCCUCUUAUAAAUGGACAGAAUUGUGACCCUUACGCAACAGUCUCUCUUGUGGGGCCUUCCAGGAAUGACCAAAAGAAGACCAAAGUAAAGAAGAAAACAAGCAAUCCGCAGUUUAACGAAACAUUUUAUUUUGAGGUAACCAGGUCCAGCAGUUACACCAAAAAGUCCCAGUUUCAGGUAGAAGAAGAAGAUAUUGAGAAACUAGAAGUCAGGGUUGACCUAUGGAAUAAUGGAAAUUUGGUGCAAGACGUCUUUCUAGGGGAAAUUAAAGUUCCUGUGAAGGUGUUAAGAAAUGAUUCCUUUCAAGCAUGGUACUUACUUCAACCAAGAGAAAAUGGAAACAAGUCUUCUAAAACUGAUGAUUUGGGAUCACUUAGAUUAAAUAUCUGUUAUACUGAAGACUGUGUACUUCCAUCUGAAUACUACGCUUCUCUAAGAAACUUGCUGCUAAAAUCAUCAGAUGUUCAGCCGAUUUCUGCAUCUGCUGCCUACAUACUGAGUGAAGUUUGUCGAGACAAGUGUGAUGCAGUUCUGCCUCUUGUACGAUUGUUGCUACACCACCAUAAGCUAGUUCCAUUUGUUGCUGCAGUAGCAGAAUUAGAUCUGAAGGACACACAAGAAGCAAACACAGUCUUCAGAGGCAACUCGUUAGCAACUCGGUGUGUAGAUGAAAUGAUGAAAAUAGUGGGGAAGCACUACCUAAAGGUUACUUUGAAACCUGUUAUUGAUGAGAUAUGUGAGUCUCCUAAACCCUGUGAAAUAGAUCCCAUCAAAUUAAGAGAAGGGGAUAAUGUAGAAAUUAAUAUGGAAAAUCUACGCUAUUAUGUAGACAAAGUAUUCCGUGAAAUUGUGCGGUCAAGUAUAAGUUGUCCUACUCUAAUGUGUGAUGUUUUUUAUUCUUUGAGGCAUCUGGCUGCCAAAAGAUUUCCAAAUGACCCUCAUGUACAGUAUUCUGCAGUGAGCAGCUUUGUGUUUCUUCGUUUCUUUGCUGUAGCCGUAGUCUCACCUCAUACUUUUCAUUUACGACCUCACCAUCCAGAUGCACAGACUUGUAGAACAUUAACUCUUAUAUCAAAAGCCAUCCAGACUUUGGGGAGUUGGGGAAGUUUGACCAAAAGCAAACUUUCAAGUUUCAAGGAGACAUUUAUGUGUGAGUUUUUCAAAACAUUUCAAGAAGAAAAAUUUACUGAAUCUGUUAAAAAGUUCUUAGAUGAUGUUUCCUCUACUGAAAGUAAAGAGCCCAGUGGUCUGAGUGAGCCAGUACAUCUAAAAGAAGGAGAAAUGUACAAAAGAGCUCAGGGAAGGACUCGGAUUGGUAAAAAGAAUUUCAAGAAACGGUGGUUCUGUCUAACAAGUAGAGAAUUCACCUACCACAAACAGCAAGACAAAGAACCAAUUUUCACUAUUCCAAUCAAAAACAUCCUUGCAGUGGAGAAACUUGAUGAGAGCUCCUUUAACAAGAAAAAUAUGUUUCAAGUACUACAUGGAGAAAAGCCACUCUAUAUCCAAGCAAAUAACUGUGUAGAAGCUAGUGAGUGGAUAGAAGCUCUUUGCCGAGUAACAAGAUGCAACCAGAAGAGGCUUAGUUUUUACCAUCCUUCUGCUUUUCUGAAUGGGAACUGGCUUUGCUGCAAGGCUACAAUAGAGAACACAGUGGGCUGUGCUCGUUGCACUGCAGAUGUUCCUGCUGAUACUCAAAUUGAGAUUGAUGGAGACAGAGAGACAGAAAGAAUUUACUCGCUUUUCACUAUCAACAUGUCUAAACUACAGAAGUUGGAAGAGGCUUGCGGAAGUAUAGCAGUCUAUCAAGGUCCACGGAAAGAACCAGAUGAUUAUUCUAACUUCACAAUUGAAGAUUCUGUAGCAACUUUUCAUACACUUAAACAGAUAAUAGAUAUAGUAGAAAAGCUGAAUGAAUCGCAUGAAAAAUACCGAAAGAAGAGAUCAUCUAGUGCUAAAUAUGGUAGUGAAGAAAAUCCAAUUGUUGGAAAAGUUUCCUAACCAAAACGAACUGGCACACUUGGAUGAAAAAAGAAACUGGAAAUGCUGUUGAGUGUUUUGGUUUUUUGUUUUGGUUUUGUUUUUUUUAAAUUCAUUAUAUGUAUUUUUACAAAGUAUUUAAGAAUGAACAUAAAUGCUAGUUGUGUUGACAAUCUAUUUAAUAUUUAAUAGAAAAAUAUCUACUUGGAAAUCUGGUCUUAAGGUUUAUUCUCAUUUUGCUGAAGAACUUGAAGUUGCAGGUUCUUGAAGUAACAGGUGUGAAUAAAUCUAAAUGUUGUUUUGCCAUUGUUGUCUUAUUGGAAAGAACUUUCUAAACAAAUAAGCUUUUUAAUGGAAGAAAAUCCACACGGCAUUUGUUGGUUGGAUUACAUCUCUCAAUACAGACACUGCAAACUUGCGUGAGUUUACCAUGAGUGCCUGCCGUGCUGAUAUGGAUCUUGAAAUAGAAAUCCCAAGAUACUAUGACAUGGAAAAGAUCUGAAGCUUCACACUCAAUUCAUUUGAUGUUUUUCCUUGUAUUAGGUGUUGUCAGGACUUGAUUUAUCUACAGCUGAAGUUUUACAAAAAUCAUGCAGUAUGCUGCAAAUAACCUGGACAGCAGAUACCAGUGUUAGUUAUGUUUUUAAGUACUAAAGAAGAAGAAAUCAGGGAACUUACGUUGUACCUCUUGUUUACAUUUGGGGUGAGUAAUACAUGGAGUGACAUUAGACCACUAUCUAUUUUCUUUAGGAUUUUUUUAAGGUACAUAUUUUUUCUUAAUCUAAAAAGAAAUCCAGGGUAGUAACAUUCUUUUUAAAUAAGUUUGCCUACGGAUAGAAAAAUUUAAAUGUGAACAGAUUGUGGUUAAGUACUGAUCAAUUUACAUCAUCCCAUGUAUGAUUUUAUUUCUUUUUUUUUUAAUAAAAAGUAAUAACUAGGUCCAGCUCAUCUUUUGAUUACAAAUCUAAUAAAUAAUCUCUAUUAUAAUCACUCAAAGCACUUUAGAUAUCUGGACUAUCCCAGAUUAUUUUUAGAUACUUUGUAGUAUCUGCUUGUUAUGAUCAGUUGAAUGAUCAACUUUGUUUUGUCUUCAAGCAAUGCUUCAGUGAAUAUUUUUAUAUCUUUAGUUAUAUGGAUUCGUGUUUGCCACUUAACACAAUUUUAAACUGGCGUUCUUGACUUUAGUAAGAUUAAUUUUUGCUCACUUCAUCUGAGAAGUUAGGUUUAUGCUGAAAGAACAUAUAUGUAUAUAACCAGGAAGAAGCAAAGGUAUUACUGUGGCAACUUUGCUUCAUCAGUAUUAAAUACAAUGGUACGCCUUGGAAUAUUAUUUUUAAUAAUAACUAUAUGUGAUACUUUUAUUUUUGGAGCAUUUGCUAUGGGGUCUUUUGUUGUUGUUUUGUUGGGUGUUUUUUGUGGUUUGGUUUUUUUUUUUUUUUACAAUCAUGAUUUGGCCAAAUUAAUUAGGAAUGUAACUUACAAAUGGAAAUCCACAAUGCUUGAAACUGUAAGCUGUUUAAAUUACUGUACAUUUAUUAUACUGUUGUAGGGAGGCUUUCUGUAAUAGAAGCAAGUUGGCAAGACAGGUUUGAAAUCUCUUUUGGAACGAAUGUAAUUUGUUAGAAUAACCAUUUGGUUUAAUACCAGACAAACUAUUUUAGAAUAUCUGGGAUUCAGUACUAGUAUCUGCAACGUCACAAUCAUUUAAUCACCUCAGCUGUUUUUGCCUUUUCCUUUUUUUACACAUUUGAUGUAUUCUAAGGGACUUUUAUUUGCCAACAGUUGAA